CCCGUCACAUCUCGCGCGACCUCGACACAUUACUACAACCCAACUACCUUCAACCUCUUGCAACAACACACAACACACACACACACCACGCCGCUGGUAGAGCCGACCACGCUUACCCCCAGCACCAUGGCGUCGGUUCAGGCCCGCAGGCCAACCAUCACCGCCUUACCCGGCGCAUCCGACUUUGCCGCCGCGGCCGCGUCCUCGGCGCACUCGCCCCUCGACCAGCUCGGCCUGGCCAUGCGCCGCGGGAGCCCGACCGAGCAGCCCAAUCCCGCCGCCGUCGCCGCUGUGCAGCGCUCGGCGCCGUCGCCGCCCGUCCCAACACUCGACUUGAACCUCUUCCGAUCGCCGAGCAUCUACUCGGUCGAGAGCAACCUCGACACGAUAAGCCUGACGAGCGAGGAGCACCACGCCGCGUAUGGUGACCAGACUAUCGGCUAUGGCUAUGGUUUCACCAACGAGCCCGAGGAGCAGGGCACCGACGAGGACGACGACUACGGUUCGCCAGAGGAGGGCACCGAGAUCAACUUUGGUGCUGACCCGACGUCGACGCCGUCUACACCCCGCGCCCGCCGUAUGGCCUCGGACGAGGUCAUGGGCGGGUCGCCUGUCCGCUCUGGCGCAUCGACACCGACGUUCCGCGUCCACCGACCCAACCAGCAGUACGCUGGAGGCCCCGCACCGCCGCCUGUCCCCACUGUCCCGUUCAACGUGCGUUCGGCCGUCUCGGAUGGUCCGUUUGCACUCCACCCAGUGCCUGUUAGGAACCAGCGGAGUGCCUCGUCUCUGGCAUCCUCGAGCACGACAACGACGGUCACGUUACAGGCAAGAUCGAACACCGAGCCGGUUGUUGCCCGCGACGCACCGGUCACACGGGAUGCGCCGGCACCGCACCAGCCCCAGACGUCCACGGUGCCCGACUGGGCAAGCGUCCAUGGCGAGCAGGGCUCGGACUGGGGAGACGACGAGGCCGAGUUCGAGUGGCUCGAUAAGGGUCACCCUGAGGCAGUGAACGGUAACAGCAACGGGACCGUGCCCAGGAGGCUCGGCCUCAGUCCUAAGCGACUGUCACGGAUACGUGCUGCUGUCCCCAACCUGACACCCAACCUCGUCCCACCCAGCUUUGCGACGGGCAGCGGAAGCGGCGGAAGCAGUGGGAGCAACAGCUCUGCGUCGAGCCCAGUGUCGCCCGGGCCGCCUGAUGGACCGCAGAGAGCGCGCACAAAGAAGAAGCGCCCAAUCGUUAUCCCCCGACGUGCGGCGCCCCCGCCCCCGACCGGGGCACCGAGCACGCUUCCGCCAACAAGAAGCAGGUCGCCUCAGCCACUGCGGUCACCGCCGACGAGGGACGGCAACUCUGUGUUUGACUCUGCGCCCUCGGGAGAAGCACCGCCGCCGACGAGGGAACAAUCUUCCCCUGAGUUGGAAACGAGGCCCGUGUUGCCGCCGGUUGUCAUCAUCAAUGCGACGCCGGACCGCGUCGCCAGACGCCAGCCGCACCUCAUGGUGCCGCUCAAGGACGGCGACGGUGGCAACAGGCCAGGAUUAAAACGCGUGCCGAGCCACCAGUCGGAGCACAGCAUGCAGUCGUCGCUCGCCUACUCGUUCUACGACCUCGAGGAUGGGAGCGCGGCUCCGUCAAGAUCAGAAUCCCCGAGCCGCAUUCACGAGGCACAGCCGCGCGGGCGGUACGCAAAGAUUCCGAUCACCACGAUUGACCCUGCUGGGGGCAGCCGUGUUCGUGUGACCGACACGACUACGACGACGUCGCGGUCACCAGUGACGCCCGUUACGCCGGGGAUCAGCGCCAAUGGCCACAGCCGGCUCAACCUGCAGUCGGCGUCGACGACAUCGCUGUCGUCGAUUUCUGCGGCAGGGCUCACACCUGACGAGCUCGUCGCCGCUGGGCUGGAGCAGCGCCGCGCUGGGCAACUGCCCAAAGCCGCGUACAUGUUCAUGAAGGCCGGUGAAGCCGGAGGCGCGACAGGGCAGAUUUAUUGGGGCCUUGCGUUGAGGCAUGGACAAGGCGUUGCGCGUGACGAGCGGCGCGGAUUCACCGAGAUCUUACAGGCGUGCGACCGGUCGCUGGCCGAGAGCCCGAUCGACCUGCGCGCCGCGGCAGGCUCGAUCCUCACGCCAGGGCAGGUGCAGUCAAUGACGCCGGGGCUGUCACUGGGGCUGUACGAAGUCGCGUGCUGCUUCCUCGAUGGCACGGGCGUGAAGAGGUCGCCUGACACGGCGCUCGAGUACCUGCGUAUGGCUGGUAGCCUUGGCGACCUGAACGCUCAGGAGGAACUCGGCCUGCUGCUCGCCAAAGGAGGCCACGGCGUCAGAAAGGACAUGAAAGAGUCGGCAAAGUGGUACCGCGCUGCGCUGGACCAGGGCCUCAACACGCCUGGCUUGGCCUGGGUCUGGAAGGAGAAAUACAACUAGACGAGCGCGUCGCGCGCGUGGCCGCGUCUAGCCGGGUGCUGGGUGCUGGACAAUGUCGAGGCGUUGUUGUAACACUAUUAUAUAUACAUGGGCUUGCGCAACACAACAUGCACAACAACAUAUCUUUGGU